AUGAACAUAGAAAAUCCUUUUUACUCAUCAAUUUAGACUCCAUACACUCAAACCAAUAUGGCACCUGUAGCUAAUAUGCAAAGAAAAGAAAUUGGUGAUUAGGCUAUUUGGACUCUAUCAUCGGCCAAGACAGGAAAUGGAGUAGAUCAAUUAAGGGAUGAUAAUUUGAAUACAUUUUGGUAGUCAGAUGGAACACAACCACACUAUAUAACAAUAUAAUUUUUAAAGAAAAUGAGAGUUUAGGAAGUUGCUUUGUAUUUAGAUUUCAAAUAAGAUGAAAGUUAUACUCCAAACAAACUUUCCAUACGAACAGGAACUAAUAUCUAGGAUAUGAAGGAAGUGUAAUUCAUUGAAUUGAAGGAACCAUAUGGAUGGUAUGUAUUUGCACUCAAGACCAAAUUGCUUAAUGGCUAAGAAAAGCCUUACGUUUCUACCAUUAAUAUCCAAAUAGUGGUCUUACAGAAUUAACAUAGUGGAAAGGACACGCAUAUCAGAUAAGUGAAAAUAUUUGGACCAAGAGAGAAACAAAAUCAAGGUUUGAGUUUCCCAGACUUUAAAACACCUGAAAUUACUUAAUAUGCUUCAAUUCGUUGA